AUGGUUACUGAUGGGAGUAAACCUCAAGCAUCAGUUGCUCCGCCACACAAACUUGCUGUGCUGAAAUUCGCUGAGUCUAGAGCUUCUGAGCUCGAGAGUCUUCACUCUGUAGUUGCAAAUCGUUUGAAUAAUGAUUUCCGCUGUCAAAGGAACAAGCGUCGGAGAACUACUGGGCAUGACGAUCGUGUUGGGAGAAAUAGGUUUAGAAAGAAGCAGAGAGUUGGAAUAAAAGAUACGAAUAAAAGUGAUUCUUCCAAGAAAGAUGAGAAGAAGGUUUCUCGUCGACUCCGAAGGAGGGUAGAACUCAGCAAGAACCCUGAGAGUGGGUUUUGUACUUCAGGGGAUGGGAUGAAGAGACUGAGAACGCAUGUAUGGCAUGCGAAGCGGUUCAAGAUGAUAAAACUCUGGGGAUUCCACAUUCCCCUUGGUCUGCAUGGCAGAGGAAGAGGCUCAAGGGCUCUCUUAAAGAAAUUAAAAUGUGGAGUGCUUGUGCAUGAUAUGAGCUAUUGCGGAGCUGUCCAGUUGGAAGGUCCAGAGGCAGGCAUCAACUAG